CGGGGUCGCGCUUUUCCAGGGCGCGUCACCGAGACCGACCCGCUCAAAUCCUCAUCCCCUCUGGUCAUCGUCGUCGUAGCUGUUUCCGACGAUGACAGCAGCCAGAGCGGUCAAGAAAGUCACCCCACCAUCUUCCCCUUUCGCAGAACUCUUACGUCGUUCACGUUUCGCAACUUUCGACCCUUCUAUCCGUCAAAGCUAUUACACUCCACCAGACCACGCAUCCAGAGGAGACUGGGGCCUCAAACGCCCUCUAUCACUUCGUCGACGGAACGCAUUUAUAUCCAUCCCUGCACCUUUUGACUCCCGUGCCCAAUAUAUCGAAUGGUCGAACGCGGAAAAUGAAGUCCGGUUCAUAAGGCGGUUCGAGGAGAUGCAAGUCAGUCCGACGUUGAAGAUGGAUGCCAUGGGUAGUAUGGCUAAAUCAAAUUGGGAACAAACUUUGGGAACGAAAAAUUCCUCUAAAUGGGUCAUGGACUCGGAGUUUGCGUUCCACGAGGAAGGGGUUGAGGUUGAGGAGAUGGCUGAAGAAAGACGGUUGAGGACGGAAGAAGCUCAGAAUGAAAAGUUUGAUGAGAAUUUGACUGGAUUAGGACGGGAAGGACCUGGAAGGUACGGCUCAAGGAGGCGAUUGGUGGAAGAAUCGGCCAAGGUGAAUUUGACGCCGAAUAUCUAUGCCAUGUCGCCGAAGGAGUUCGACCGCUACGUCCGCAAGCUUAGGGAGCUUCGACCCAAGUUUAACGAGUACAUCAGACAAGCCUGGGAAGAGGAAAAAGUGAGGGCAGAGGAACGAGAACAACGGACGCAGUCACAGUCCACGGGUCAAUCAUCGACAGCCAGAAACGGAGGACUGCUCGCAAUCGAUUCAGAGCGAUCUCCAGACCUUCUCUCCGUUGCGCAGACUCGUCAGCAUCGACAUCACGUCAGGUUUCUCGAACAGCAUACCGCUUCGACCUUCGCCGACCCUAAUUCUACUGCCAUCGAACAACGACCACAUCAAGUUGCAGGUCUGCUUUACGCACGUCUGAGCCCCCUUCAUUCCCAAUUACAUGCACAAACUCAACCUGGUAUUGUCCUACAAGCUGCACGGAAAAAUGAGGGUUCUAUCCUCUCCAGAGCGCAGGAGGACGUCUACACCGCCUCUCUGGGUGGUAUGACUCCCAUAAUACGCAAGGAGCAUUGGGCUAGCAAGCGCCCCCUGCUCGAUAUAUCUUCCAAACAAGGGGUUACCAGGGAUAACCUGACAUCUUCCAUUGCCAACAUGCGGUUGAAGCCGGGUUCUGUUGUACUUACGAAGGUUCCGCGAACCGUUGGUGUACCCGAGGAGACGGGAGGUCUUAAGGAUGCCUCGAUCUCUGCUGAAGCCAUGAUAGAGACGGGAAAUUUCGGGAUUGAUAAUCCUUAUAUGCCGGGAUCUAUACUCUACUCUGGUUUAGAGGCACCUCUAACGAAGCAGAUGAUGUCUUCGGUUCAGCAGGAGAGGGAUGGAUUGAAUGUUGAGAUGAAAAAGUCGAAGCAGUUCUCGUAUGGUCAGAGUCCACAGACAACGAAUGAUCCUCGGCGGUUGGCGGAAAAGAACAAGGUGGUCUUAAAUACGUUGGAUAACAUUCUGAAGACCAUAAAAAGAUAGAGAUUGCUCUACCGACGGGUAUAUGUUAUAUUCUAGUAAUUUCAAUGCUUCAACGACAACUAAACUGUUGGUCUGACCGUGACUAGAUGCAAACCGUUCUAUGUACACUCUCCACGAACCUUUCGCUAUCUCAGACUUGGCUUAUCGUAAUUGACACCUCUUCGAUCGACACCCCCACUCCCUCGACCGUCCCAUUCACGUUGUUUCCCUCCCCUGAUUCUAACAUGGCCGUAUUUCUCCUUGGCCCUUCACGUCUUCACCAUCUUCACGCACUCUACGACAGCUGCUUCUUUUCCUGAAUCAACAGAUCUUCCGCGAGCUCCUCUCCAGUAACAGAUGAACCGUAGCUGAAGAUGGCUGCAAUAACAUUGCUACUUGUCUGGGAGAUAUGAGGACGGGUGACCACUGUGCGGCAGGGCAGAUGCAGAUCACAUAACACACAAUUUUUUCCUCUGCGAUUCAAAAUGAUUACUUGUUAUCAAAUAGGCAGGCCGAACAACCGGUAUUAUAGACAACGAGCACAGUCUGCCUUGGACCUAGAUGAAAACCAU